AUGACCGACCAGAAUAUGUGCGUGCGCCAGUUAGCGUCCUUCUGCUUCGCUGCGCUGUUGCGUUUGAUGCCGUUAGAAGCAGGCGCACCGGACCCUCCAGGGUUACCGCAGCCACUCAAACAACUCAAACUCAAGCAACGCGAGUUCUUGGAGCUGCUUGCUGAUUCGUCGAAGAUCACAGAUUUUCC